UCAGCACCUCCACAAAUGGAGCCACGCCGCAGCCAGCGUGGGCCUCGUGUGCCGCUCGUGUAUGUCAACAGCUUCGGCUCCCACCGCUGCGGCUCCAUCAUCCGCUAUGGCGUGGACUGCUGGCAGCCUGAAGUGGGCCGGGCUGUGCCUGUGCUGCCCCAACCGAGCCCCGCGGAGAAGGGCAGGAAGCGGAGGACCGAGGGCAGCCCCGAGCCGUGUGCCAGCAGCAGUGUGCAGGUGGUAGGGAGGAGCUGUGGCAGGGUGAAGCCCUGCAGCCGCCAUCAUGGUGACCUUCAAGAGGCUAAGGCCGAUGCCUUUGACUUUCCCUUCCCUUCACGAAAUGUUGAUAAAGUAAUUCAACGAAAGAAGCAAAAGUCCAAAGUCUGGCUUAAAGUCUCAAAAGUAAUUUCAAAGAUGCUUGAAGAGAAUGAAAAGUUCAGAAGUCGACUCCUGACUUGCAGUCAGUUUGAUGGAGCAGGCAAUGAUACAAACCAAAGUGCAAAGAAUGAAGCAUCCUGCCUGGACAGGGACAAGUCUAUGUUUGACUGGAUAGAGCAAAAAAAAAGAGAUUCAAUCCAAAAGGAAAUUGAAAAAGUAGUGUAA